AGACAGAGCGGGUGGCGGCAGAGGCUUGAAGCGAGGGAGGCGGACCGAGGGAGGAUGGCUGCCGUGCCCUGGACUCGGCUGCUUCUCGGCCUGGCUGCGCUGCCGGCCCUUUUCUCAUGUGCCUUGGACCUGGAGACCGCUGCUGAGAAUGAAGCUGUCAUGGAGGAAAAUGGGCAGGGAUUGACUGGCGACAUCUUCCAGCCUAGUAUUGCUGUUUGUUGUACGCCAGAGCCUGAGCCAGGCCUGGUGAACCUUGCUGUGCAAAGCUCAGUGCCUGAGAUCCAGGAGGGGCCGCCUAGUGUCACGGCACUACCCUCCAGUCCCCCUGCCCUUGAAGAUGGCGUACCUGACAGGCAAGAAGAGCAGCAAAACCCCUCUGUGGGGUGGGAGGAGGAGACCAGAAGAGACUGUGAGGAGAGUUUGCCCCCGGAGAAGAUGCACGUGAUCGCUGAGGCCAUGCUCAAGUUCACGGCGGAUCUCGUGCGAGAAGUGGAGCUGGAGAAGGGCCAAGACAACCUUUUUCUCUCCCCGCUCAGUAUCACGCUGGCGCUGGCUCACUUGGCUCUCGGAGCUGCCAAUCGGACUGAGAAGGCCCUGCUUGAAGCCCUGCACCUGGCAGAGGUGCCCUGCCUCCAUCAGGCUCUGCACCAGGUUCGGCAGCAGCUGGACCAGGCGAUGCUCAGUGUUGCUUCCCGUCUUUACCUGCAAAAAGGGUUUGAGGUGAAAGAGACAUUCCUGGAGGACUCGGAAAAGUUCUACAAAGCAAAGCCGGUCACGCUGUCUGGUAACGGGGAGGAAGACCUCGCGGCCAUCAACAGCUGGGUGAAAGCAGCCACCAGGGGACACAUCCCCGAGAUCCUGUCUGAGCUGCCUGUCGACGUCUCAAUGAUCUUGCUCAACGCUGUGCAUUUCCAAGGGUUUUGGAGGACCAAAUUUGAUCCCGAACUGACUGAGCCUGGUGCGUUUCACCUGGACGAUGAGUUCGUGGUCUCCGUGGAGAUGAUGAAGGCUCCGAAAUACUCCCUAAGUUGGUAUUCUCCGGAUUCCUUGGACGUUCAGAUUGCCAGGUUCCCCUUUAAGGGCAACAUGAGCCUCGUGGCUAUUGUGCCUAACCACGCUGAGAGGAACAUCUCCCGGCUGCUGUCUCAACUCAGGCCGGCCAGUCUCCUCAGCCACUUCCCCAAGGAGAUGCCAACCAUGGUGAAGAUGCCCAAGGUGCACCUGGAGAGUCAUCUGGAGUUGAACCAAGCCAUCAGCCAAUUAGGCCUCGGGGAGCUGUUUUCUUCCCCAGACCUCCGUCGCAUUGCAGAGGGACCCCUCUUUGUCUCCAGCAUCCAGCACCGCUCUGCCCUCGACCUCGUAGAGGAUGGGGUGGAGGCGGCGGCAGCGACCAGCGUGGUGAUGUCUCGCUCGCUCUCCACUUUCGUCAUCGACCGUCCUUUCAUCUUUUUCAUCCUGGACGACACAGCGGGCGUCCCCCUCUUCUUCGGCAGCAUCCAGAACCCCAAGCCCGGGGCUCCCAAGCAGAGGAAGGAGGAGGAGGAUCAACCUGACAAACAGCAUCUGGCUCACAACACGAUUCCUAAAUAAGGGAGAAUCCACAGGGCGGGGUGUGUGUGUGACCAGGAGUGGCUCUGGCCUCUCUAACCACCUCUCCGCCCCCCCCGCCCCCCCAGGUGGUCUUUGGGAGCGGCCUGUGAAGUUUUCCCAUGGAAACCUUCUGUAAAUGGCUACCUCUCCCAGGUUUCCCCACGCUGUCCCGAGAUAUGUGAAGUUUUCAGUCCUCACCUACUCCUCCCGGGCCCCUUGCUCCAGUGCUGUCCCUGGAGCCUGAAUCCCAGUUAGGCAUUUGCUCAGGACCUCUGCUCCUCUGACUCUUCCCCCCCAUCAAAAAACGCUGGGAUGGUGAAGGUACAGUGGAGAGACUUAACCCUUGCUCUGCUGUGCCUCUUGUCUGGAGCUAGGCUUGGAACCCGUGGCACUUGCUGUGGCACACACUUUGGUGUCCUCGGUAUUUACGUCGCAGACAGCAAUCAGAAGCCACCAGCAGCUGGCAGGUGGGCUGAGAGGAGAUGGCCAGCCUUUGGGACAUUCCCCUCUACAGCAGAGAGGUGGGAACUCCCCAGGGUUCUGCAAAGUCCCAACAGAUGCUGCAUUAUUUGGAGGGAAUUCUUGCACUGUGUGUAUGUCGGGAGAGCCCAGAAAUUUGUAUCUCAGCAAAAGGCUGUAACUGAAAAAAAAUCACCUAAGGAAGAGGUGGGAGUGAGUCAAAAUGCGUAUGUGUGAACCAAUGUUAGAAGGGUGAGCAACAUGUCCCCACCUCCUCUCCCUCCUCUCCCCUCCCCAUUUGCACUUGGAUAUUGUGAUGGAUUUGAAUUGUAAACCGCUUUAUGUACCAGUCUGGCUGGAAA